UACGGUACAAUACAAGUGUUUUGCGGGGAGGUGGGAAUUGAUUGAUUUACUUUCGAUUACUUUCGAAUGCCGGGAAACCGAUAUCUAUUAUCUUAGGUAUCUCUUUUCCAACUUCGCGCGCGUCAUUCAAACAACUUACAACACAUUCCCACAUCACCUUACGUUGUUGUGUCGUCGUCGACUUUUCACUCUAGUCAACUCCAGUCAAGCAAACACGUUGGAAUUAGAGGGUCAAUUGAAAAGAAGGGAUUGAAUCAUAUGAGAUAAAUCAUUCUCAUAUAUUUCUAUUUAAAGCUUUACAGUCCGGUUAGGUUGAAUUCGUUGUUCGACUUAUCUACCUCGUACCAUCCAUCACCUCACCUUUCUUUGUCCACCAACGACAAACGGCAAAUACACCACCCUCAACUCCCACAACUCCCGAGGUCAAUAUCAAUUCCAUUAAUUUGAUCAAUUGAAACUUACUUCAUACCAUUGUGGAAUAUAUUUGAGAUCGCUCAAAUAAUUCAACAUGCCGGCGCCACUUCUUACUCCCAAGGCGGGUAUCACCCUCCUACUUGGCUUGUCUAGCUUCACCACUGCUCUAGCUGGUCCUGUUGAAGCUCGCCAAACAGAGAGCGCCACCACCCCCGCUGACCCCUCCGUAUCAACCGUCACAGGAUAUGCUCACCCUCUAACCCUCACUCCCCUAACCACUCUCAACUCCCAGCAAACCCCCUUAUCCUAUGCCUCACCACCAACCCCCAUCACAGUUCCCACCCGUGUCAACCCUCCAGGAAGCGCAGGAGCUGCUCAAGCUAGCAAGGUCCAAGCCGAAGAAGCAGCAGCACCCGCUGAUACCGGCGCAACAGCCGUCUGCACUACCAUUGCAGGAGACUACCCAACUGCCACCAUCCCCAACUUCUGCAAUCCCUCCGCGCACAUAAACGCCGCCAGCUUCGUACCCGAUCGCGUCAGCAACCUCCCCACGGCUACAGUCACCAUCGGCGCCGUAUCGAAUAAACUAGACUGCUGCGUCCAAUGCGCCGAAAUCUUCAACUGCAUCGCCUGGAGCUUCGUACCCGUCUACACGCAAGCCCCGAACGCGCGCUUGCCAGGCGGAUUCGACCCCUGGGGUCGUGGGGACUGCCAAGCGGUUUACCAUACCGGAAACCCGGAUAACACGACCGCGGCAGGCGAGGAUACGGCGAAUUUGUGCCCGAAUGGUAAAGUAGGCGAGGUUUUGGCUGUUAAUGCUAGUGCGAAUACGGAUGGUAAUGCGACGAGUUGGUCCAAUUUGUAUUAUAAUGGCUGGAAUGAGGGCGCGUGUGCUGAGCCUGUGGCGGCGUUUGAGGGGGGGAGUGAUAAGGGGAUGGGGGACCCUGAUUCUUUGUGUUCGUAGGGAGCCAAUGUGAGGUGAGGAGAGUGGGGUUGAGGAUUGGGCGUAUGGUUAGGUAACAUGAAUACGAUUUUCUAUUAUAUCGUGUGUCAUUGUGGGCUGUUAUUGAGAUGGGUUCCGGGAAUCCAGGGCAAUCCGUCUAGACUAGGUUGAUUCCCCUUCAAGUUGCUCGCUCGGCGUCGGCAGCUCUGUACACGAUAUAGGGCUUCAAUUGUUCGAUGGCACUCAACGUAUCCUUUAGUAUCCACGCGAAUUUGACGAAAGCCGAUC